CUUGUCACUUGACCGGAAGUUAUUAUUAUUUCUUUUGGACGGACAUAACCACGGUUUCUUCCUCUCUUCAUGUGCAAAAUGGAAUAAUAACAACAGUAUUAAAAAAUCAAACUUUAGUUUUUUCUUCAGGUUGUUUGGAUCAGUGUGUUUUGCUGUAUUGCUCCAGCAUCAUCACCAUGCCUCUGACAGCUCCUGUGAUCAGCGGAGCUCAGAAACUAGUCCUGUACGAGACCAGAGCUAGAUAUUUUCUCGUAGGGAGUAAUAACGCUCAAACCAAACACCGUGUCCUGAAGAUCGACCGAACUGAACCACGAGAUCUGGUGAUUAUUGAUGACAAACAUGUAUAUAGUCAGCAGGAAGUCCGAGAGCUUUUGGGGAGGCUGGACUUAGGAAACCGCACAAAGAUUGGACAGAAAGGUUCCUCUGGGCUUUCCAGGGCUGUGAAUGCCUUUGGAAUUGUAGGCUUUGUCCGUUUCAUGGAAGGCUACUACAUCAUUCUGAUCACCAAGCGACGCAAGAUGGCCGACAUCGGGGGUCACUCCAUCUAUAAAAUUGAAGACACCAACAUGAUAUACAUCCCUAACGACUCAGUCAGAGUCACACAUCCUGAUGAAGCCAGAUAUGUGAGGAUAUUUCAAAACGUGGACCUGUCGAGUAACUUCUAUUUCAGUUACAGCUAUGACCUGAGCCACUCUCUGCAGUAUAACAUGACUCUACUCCAAACACCCUAUGAUCAUGGAGAAAAUGAGGAGCUCCACACCAGUAACAGCAGCAAACAGGACAGUUUUGACAUCUUUGAGGAUGAAGGCCUUCCUACGCAAGUGGUUCACGGCUUGAAGAAUGAACCCUAUGCUAAAUACGUGUGGAACACUCGACUACUGGAGAAAGUUCAAGACACGGUGCAUCCAGACUGGCUGCUGUACAUCAUCCACGGCUUCUGCGGCCAGUCAAAAUUGUUGAUCUACGGGCGGCCGGUUUAUGUCACCCUGAUCGCUCGACGUUCCAGCCGCUUUGCUGGGACACGCUUCCUGAAGAGAGGAGCCAACUGUGAGGGUGACGUGGCGAACGAAGUGGAGACUGAGCAGAUCAUCCACGAUGCCUCAGUAAUGUCCUUUACAGCAGGCAGCUACUCCUCUUAUGUGCAGGUUCGAGGCUCUGUGCCUCUCUACUGGUCUCAGGACAUCUCCACCAUGAUGCCCAAACCUCCCAUACGAUUGGACCAGGCUGACCCAUAUGCCCAGGUUGCAGCACUUCACUUUGAUCAGAUGCUGCAGCGCUUCGGCUCUCCGAUCAUUAUCCUCAACCUCGUUAAGAAACGAGAGAAGAGGAAGCAUGAAAAGAUUUUAAGCGAGGAGCUUUACCCAGCCAUCAUCAACCUCAAUCAGUUCCUUCCUCCGGAGCACUGCAUCGAAUACAUCGCCUGGGACAUGGCACGUUACACCAAGAGCAAACUCUGUAACGUAUUGGACCGGUUGAGUAUGAUUGCCGAGAACGUAGUGAAGAGGACCGGCUUCUUCGUCAACCGAUCCGAUUUCCACUGUCACACCUUACGACCUGAUGACAGAUGGGGGGAUUUGGGAGGACAUCCCACCACUCAUGGUAGAAUACAGACGGGAGUUUUGAGGACUAAUUGUGUGGACUGCUUGGAUCGUACCAACACCGCCCAGUUCAUGGUGGGAAAAUGUGCUCUGGCCUAUCAGCUUUAUGCUCUCGGGAUGAUUGACAAACCAAAGCUGCAGUUUGACACCGACUGCGUCAGGUUGUUCGAGGAGCUUUAUGAAGAUCACGGGGACACACUGUCACUGCAGUAUGGCGGCUCACAGCUGGUCCACAGAGUCAAGACUUACCGCAAGAUUGCGCCAUGGACACAACACUCCAAAGACAUCAUGCAGACGCUGUCCCGUUACUACAGCAACGCUUUCUCAGAUGCCGACAGACAGGAUGCCAUAAACCUUUUUCUCCAGGUGUACCAGCCUUCAGAGAACAAGCCGCACUUGUGGGAACUGCCUACCGACUUUUACCUCCACCAGAGCAACACCAUGGCUCUACCCCAAGAGAGACGCAGCUACACGUUCUGGUGGGCAAAUGGUUUGUUGUCCUACCUUCCAGUUCCUUAUGAUGAAGUCCCCUGUGAGAAGAACAGGAAGGAGGUGGUGGCGAAGCGAGUGAAUCGAUAUGAUGAGAGCAUAGACAUGUACACGGAGUUCUUCAAGCCUUACGAACUCACAUCUUUUGACGAUACGUUCUGUGUGGCCAUGACCAACUCGGCAAGGGAGUUUAUGCCAAAAAGUGUUGGUCUGGAUCACAGCCCUUUCACCGUGCGUAAACCUGAAGAGACCGGCAAAUCCGUGCUCGGUAACAAGUCUAGUAAGGAGGAGGCCGUGCUACAGCGUAAGACGGCCGCCAGCGCUCCUCCUCCACCCAGUGAAGAGCAGAUCUCCAGCAGCUCCGAGGAUGACUCUGAGGAAGACCGAGAAGACGAGGCCACCUCAUCUCAGCGCUACACACCAAUCAAACUCGCCGAGUCCAGAGACAACGUCCACGCUCAGGAGGAGCAUCAGCAGCAGCCUGCACGGGAGCCAUAUGGGUUAAACCUGUCUGCUUUACCCAGGGAUGAGGACCUUUGCACAUAUCACAGGUUUUCUCACCUUGGCCGAAACCAACACAAAGUGGAAAGGAGCGAGCAGCUGAUGGACAGCAAAGAAUUUCUGGAAAAUGUUAUCAAUCUAGCUCCAGUGUCUCUGUUCGGUGGCGACAGUAUUUAUGAGGUGUCGGCUCCGCGGGUCGAUUCGGAGACCCGGAACAUUUUCCGUGCCCACAUCCAAGCGGGCCUGGGAGAGAUCAAAACUAUGUGCCGAGAAGACAUACUCAUUUAUCGUGAAUACGUGAAAAACAGAUACAUGUGAUGCAUUUGUCACAUGUUCCGUCUCUUUGAAAAGUAUUUCAGUGAGAAGACCUUCCAGCAACUUAAAAAAAAAAAAAAAAAAAUCAGUUCAUCAGUUGACCUUCCUUAUAAAAAGAUCUCGCACGAUUCAUCAGCAGGUCCGCUUCUCUCGUUCUCCGGGUUCACUGCUUUUUGGAAUUAUUUUCAGAAACAGGGUUGGAGAUGGAAGAAUUGAUUUGAUUUGCAGUUGUAACCACAAUGAAUGAAUAUUCCACUCAUCAUUUAGGUUUUUUUUCCAGUGCCUUAGAAUAUCCUCUAUAUAUAGUCUGUUUAUGAUCUCCCAGAUUAUACAAAUUAUACAAGCUAGCCUGCUAUUCUGCCUCUUAGCUUUUUUUUAAUUGACUUUAUUAUUAUUUAUAUUGUGCCAUGAUUGUGUUUAAUGUGCAUGAGCAUCUGUAAGUCAUUUAAAAAUAUUACAUUUGUGUAUUUAUUAAACUUCUGUCUGACUACUAGUUUUUACUUUGGUUCUCAAAACGUCUUCAUUUACGCUGAUCUCUUCAUUAUCCCUUUGUCUUUGUUCAGCCGUCUGUAUAUCUGUCUCUCUCUCUUUCUCUCUCUCUGUCUUUCUCUCUCUCUCUCUUUCAGUCUCUUCUGCCCAUGAGCCUCGUGACUCCAGAGCAGACGGACAAACCAUAGAAACAGCAGCGGUGGAAAGUCACGUGGCUUGGGGUACAAAUGACAUGGCAAUCUCACAAAAAAUACACAGGUGGACACACAAUCAUACACACACACACAUUAUCGCAUAUGGAGACGGUACAGCUAUUAGCGCUUAUUAAAAAAUAUAUUCAAUAAUAAAAUAAAAAUAAUCCUGACAAAGUAAAAGGGGCUUUUUUUCAGCAUUGAAAAUUUCUGUGACGGGAUAGAGAGCGAGUGUGUGUGUGUGUGUGUGUGUUUGUGUUUUUUGUGGCCUUUUUGUAUUUUCACAUAUUUUCUUCAAUAUUACAUCUGAUAUUUUCACAAAAUGAAUGAUUGAUGAUUGUGUUUGAUUUGUAAUCCAUGACCUCACUGUUUUAAAGGAACAGGAAUAAUACUGAGUGUAGAAUAAAUACGUUGGCACUAAUUAAUAUACACACACACACACACACACACACUUCCUUUUCUAUUUGUGUGGCCAAAAGUAUGUGAACGCCUGACCUUCACGCUCAUAUUGUGGAAACUGAAUAAUAACUAUAUUAAAUGUCAUAAUGUUGGGUCAGUGAACCUCGACUGGCUAGUUUGUUCUUAUUUUUCAUUUCUUAUAUCCUGUUUUUGAUUUAAAAACCAUCAACUAUUUUACCAGCAUUAAACAGGGGUUGAGAAGAAGAAGAAAAAGAAGCAGCCUUUAUUUGUGAUGUCGAAAUUACAGCUGGGUCUGAAAGCACAGGGUCAGCAAUGAUGCAGUACACCUGGAGCUGGAGAGAGGGUUAGGGGCCUUGCUCGAGGGCCUAACAGUGGCAGCUUAGAGAUGCUUGAGCUUCAUCACUUGACCUUUCAACCUCUAGCCCAGACCUUUAACCAUGACUGUCCUAGAAAAUGUUAGCCUAACUAUAACAAGCCAUAUGAUUUUACCAUGAUUCAGUCAGAGUUUGUGUUCAAGCUCCUGUUGUGUAUUGUGUGUUUAUCUCACUCACUUUUUUAGACACAUAACCAUUCAUGCACUUAACAUAUUCACAUCAAACAUGACGAUGUGGGGAAUAUCUCGACGAUCUCGGUGACCGUGACCUGGUUCUUGGUGGCAGAUGAGCUGGGAUUUUUACUCACAACACUUUUACUCAGUGACAGAACAGUGAGGAACAAAAUACAGUGAGCAGGGACAAUCUGAUGAGAGAGGUCAGACAGAAUGACUGCUUCAGACAGGAAGAAAGGCUACAGUAACUCCAAUCACCACUCUUUACAACCGUGUCAUGAAGAAAAGCAUUUCAUAACGCAAGAUAGGUCAGAUUUCGAGGACGACAGGCUAAAACAGGUUCCACUUCUGUUAUUUAAGAACAGUUAUCUGAAGAUAUGUAUAAUUCAUUUAUUGUCAUUAACAGGUUUUUGUUGUUAUCCACAUGGCUUGACGGGAAUUGAUGUAUUUAUUUUCUCUUGUUUAAUAGCGCUGUCUUGUUCCUUGUCUUUUGUGGACCCACCCUCCACUUCAUGCACCUUUUGUAUCUCAUGCUAUUGCUCCAUGUAUUUUUAUUUCAUUCACCCUGCUGUUCUGUUCGGUCUAAGCUCAGCAAUUUUCUUCAUCGCUGCCUUUUUUCCCCCCUUGUCUCUGCUUCAUCCUUCCAUGGCGCAGCUCAAAGACCUGCCGAGUCACGUGCAUGUGUGUAUUCAUGCGGAAUAAGGACGACCUAGGUUUACACACUUUUGCACUUGUUGUUUUGUUGCUUCGUCAUCUUUCAGUGCCUGUGUCAUCGAAGGAAGAAUGUGGAACUUGUGGGCAUCAGGAAAU